GAACCGAACCCCAAGACCCCAACUUCUUUAGUUUGAGAAUUUGAGGCCUCGCCCGUUUUCUAACACUCGAGCUCUCUUAUCUCCUUUUCCCUUUUAGGAUUUGAAGAAACCAAGACAAAACUAUGUCUGCGUUCCCUCCACUCCGCCACCUCCUCCUCCGCCCACGCCUCCCCCUCUCCCUCCAACCCUUCGCCCCUCUCCUCCGCCCCUCCACCGCCGUCCCCAUCCGCCGCCGCCGCCUCCGCCUCCUCUCCUCCUCCUCCUCCUCCACGGCCACCCAAGACAGCGCCGAUGAGGUCGCAGAGCCACCCCCGCUGGCCACGGGAAAAGAAACAUCUGUUGUCGACGUCAAUCCCCCGAGGGGUACCAGGGACUUCCCUCCGGAGGACAUGCGGCUCCGAAACUGGCUCUUCCAGAACUUUCGAGAGGUGUCUCGGCUGCUCUCGUUCGAGGAGGUCGACUUCCCGGUUCUUGAGUCAGAGGCUCUAUUCAUCAGGAAGGCCGGUGAGGAAAUCACACAGCAACUGUACAAUUUCGAGGACAAAGGGGGUCGUCGUGUUGUUUUGAGGCCUGAGAUUACUCCUUCUUUGGCACGUCUCGUGAUAAAGCAGGGAAAAUCUGUCUCCCUUCCAUUGAAAUGGUUUACUAUAGGGCAGUGUUGGAGAUAUGAACGGAUGACAAGAGGAAGGCGCCGUGAACAUUAUCAAUGGAAUAUGGAUAUAAUCGGUGUUUCUAAAGUUCGGGCUGAGGCUGAACUUAUUCAUGCUAUUGUCCUCUUAUUUGAGCGGCUUGGGGUCACAUCAUUGGAUGUGGGAAUCAGAGUGUCUAGCCGAAAGGUUCUGCAGGCAGUGCUGCAAAUGUAUUCUAUACCAGAACAUUUGUUCAUGGAAGUUUGUGUCAUUGUCGACAAGUUGGGAAAACUUUCUAGAGAAGAGGUUGAGAAAGAAUUGAUGCAAGCUGGUGUAUUGUUGGAAGCUGUCAAGGGAAUAGUUGAAGUCCUAUCCCUCAAGUCAUUAUCCAAACUUGAAGAGGUUCUGGGGUCUGACAGCGAAGCUGUGGCUGAUUUAAAAAGGCUUUUUUCACUUGCUGAACACUAUGGUUAUUCUGAAUGGAUUACUUUUGAUGCAUCAGUAGUCCGUGGACUUGCCUAUUAUACCGGGAUAGUCUUUGAGGCAUUUGAUAGAGCAGGGAAGCUACGGGCAAUUUGUGGUGGUGGAAGAUAUGACCGAUUACUCUCUACAUUUGGAAGUGAUGACAUUCCAGCUUGUGGUUUCGGAUUUGGAGAUGCUGUUAUAGUGGAAUUUCUGAAGGAAAAAGGACUUGUGCCUGACAUAGCGCGCCAAGUAGAAGACAUUGUAUUUCCAUUGGAUGUGGAGCUUGAAGGACCAGCAUCCAAGGUUGUGUCCUCUCUUAGAAGGAAAGGCCGCAGUGUUGACCUUAUAGAAGAUAAGCGACUUAAGUGGGUUUUUAAGCAUGCAGAACGGAUCAAUGCUAGCAGGCUUGUCUUAGUUGGAAAUUCUGAGUGGCAACGAGGUAUGGUUCGUGUAAAGAACCUAUCCACCAGAGAAGAAUAUGAAAUUAAAAUUGACGAAUUAUGCUGACCGUCAUACUUGUUUAAUUUUAUUGUAAUAUCUCAAUGUCAAUUAUUAUUGAGGUUUUCCUGCUUAUAUCAUUGUUAAUCCAAAUAAUAAGAUGCUGAUAAGGUAAGGUGGUUCAUUUUUUAAGUGGAAGAGAUGGAUGAAUUUUUUUUUUUAAUAAUUGUAUUAUGAGUACUGAUUAUUUUUUCAAAAGAUGGUCCCAGAUUUUUCUGGCUCAAGCGGCUCUCAGAGUUCUGCAUCUCAUGGUGCUAACCGAUCUUCUGUAUUACUCUGUCUCCGAUAGUAGCCCAAUCAGGCUGCUUGAAUUAUUUCCAAUGGAGAUUUUCUGGAUUUCUACAA